AUGGUUCGCAGUCGGCCGAAUGCGCGGUCGACGUCCAUCACAACGUCAGAUGACGAUCCGGACUACCAAACCGAUUGCACAAGUGUCGAGGGGGAUGACAGAAACGAGACACAAUUACAGCAAGACAAGCGCAGCGACAAUGGAAUGUCUCCGACUAAGUCUGUCCGAUCAGCAGAGUACUAUAUGGCGCUUGCGCACGAGGUCAACAACGCGGACCCCGAGGACUUCCGUGUAAAGAGCACGAAGGAUCAACAGAAUAAUGUCAAGGAGCAAUGGAUAGCAUAUUGUGUCUGUCUAUCGGAAGCAAUACAAGCGCCUAAGAAAAUAGACCCACAAGAACUAAUGGAUUCCAUAACGAUUGGCGAUAUCGACUCGUUUUUUGAAUGGAGACUGAACCAAGACAAAGGAAAGGAAGGCCGGAGGCUCCCUGGAAUCAAGACAGCAUCCUCCUUGGAUACGUUCCGGAAACAGUUCCUCGGGGUAUACAGAGAUUAUACAGAGAAGGAUAUGGAUAGAAAGUUAAUGAAAACGACGCUUAACGUGGGAAGAAGUAAGGCUAUAAAGUAUCGCUUAAGCUACAACCAGAGAGAGAAACCUACCAUAGGCAUAGAGGACGUGCUUAAGAUCACGGAAACAACGCUAAAAACUGUCAAGAAAAUGUUCCAGGUGGGAAGAUACCGCAUACAGGUAUACUUCUUCUUGCAAGGGGGCUUUAUCACUGCGAAUCGACCAGCUACUCUACUUCAGUUGCGCUACAGAGACAUCAAGGUUGUCAUAGAAAGAGAUCCAGACAGCGGUCCAAACAGAAUCGUGUUGCGAUGGACAUACGCAUUCACAAAAACGUACCUAGGGCCCAAACCAGACAAAAACGUUUUUCCAAUCCCAGAGAUCAUAUUCGAUCCAUCUCUAAUCCUGAGCCCUCACGUCUUCUUGCUAGGCUUGAUGUUUGCCAAUAAAGUCUUCAAGAAUGAUAAGCUCACCCCAGAGAACUUAUUCACACUCAAGCCGCGAGAUAGGUGCAACAUACUCAAAGUUUUUCGUCGACACGAGCGAACAGGAACAAAACAUAGAAUAAGUAACGAACCACUGCCUUACGCCACUGUCAAACAGUGGAUGCAGGAUGUCGGUGAAAUUACAGGGUUCAAAGGCGUAGCCAAACCGUACAAUCUACAAUAUAGAGCAGCCAAUGCCUUCAACAAGGACAGUCGCAUUAGUAAUGCCUUGCGGAACAUGAUCAUAAAACAUGCCAACACAGGUGUCUUUUUAAAACAUUACUUAUCGACAACAAUCACCGUAGAUACACAAGCUGUUGUACAAGGCUCAGCGCCUCAAGAUAAGAUAAUGCAAGCGCAAAGCAGUAUGAGCCGAUACAUCGAUCUGGAAAGACCUCGUGUUCUUACGAAGGAGCAAAAACGAUCUGUCGCAAAGACACCGCUCAUAAGAGAAAUGCAGAAGAAGCAAAACGCAUUCGACAAGGGCUCAAAAGGAUACAAAGACCUGCAGAGAAAGAUUCAGAACGAAAAGAAGUACCUGAGGUACCACCUCAGGAAACGGAUCAGGGAAGAAUGGGACAGCGAGCGGGCAGAGAAGGAUAUACGGCUGCAAAUCUCCGGUGCUAUAAUCGAGGAAAAGAUCAAAACCGAUCCAAGGUGCUUGUCUGAACGAUCGAAACCGCAUGUGAAGUUGAUUGACUCAAUCUUCUCGUUACCUGGAAGAUCUAUCGAAGAAGAAAAUGAUCGUCGAAGUAACGCCAUCAGAGCAGUUUGGAAUUACUGCGAAGUUGAGGAAGGCAGCACGCCAAAAGACCAUGAAGUAGACUUGCGUGCCAACCAUAGGUCUCGAAAUGCUGUUGACAUAGAUGUACUAGCUCUCGCAUCGGCGAUAAGAGAGGUCUUCGGGAAAUACAGAACAACGAUAUGUUUCAUAUGUUUAGGCAAUGGGAAUCUGCCCGUAAAAGAACGUGUGCAUGCGUAUUCGUCGCCGGGUAAUCUGACCAAACACUUUCAGACUCAUGUGAAGAAGUUCAAUGCAGAAACAGAUGAGGCUGAGCAAUUGAAGAACACUGUCAAGGUCCUUCCUAUGUCAUGUAUUCCAAUCUAUUCCGUAGCGCAAUAUUCAUAG